CACAUACAGUACAGACAUCAGUCAAAACGAACCUCUUCUAGUAGAUAACACAGGUUACAGAGAUGAAGAGUUUUAUUCCUUAUCCAGAAAACUCAGAGUUUCCCAUAGAAAAUCUCCCAUAUGGGGUGUUUUCAACACAAAACAAUAAACAACACAGAAUUGGGGUGGCUAUUGGAGAUCAAAUUUUAGACUUGAGCAAAAUAAAACACUUGUUCAAUGGACCACAGCUGAAGAAUCAUCAAGAUGUGUUCUCCCAAAGUUCACUGAACGACUUCAUGAGCUUACCGAAGGCUGCAUGGAAAGAGGCUCGCUCGGAGCUGCAAAAUCUGCUGUCAGUGAACAACAAGACUCUUCAAAAUCUUCCAGAUGUGUUAGUUGCUCAAAGGGAGGCAACAAUGCAUCUGCCAGCCAAGAUUGGAGACUACACCGACUUCUACUCAUCCAUGCACCAUGCACAGAAUGUUGGGGCCAUGUUUCGAGGAGGAAAUGCAGCUCUUUUGCCUAAUUGGAAGCAUAUACCAGUUGGGUAUCAUGGGAGAGCUUCAACAGUUGUCAUAUCAGGUACUCCAAUUAGACGACCCAAUGGCCAGACUUGCCCAUUUGAAGGCGAGCCACCGGAAUAUGGACCUUGCAAAAACAUGGACUUUGAACUGGAGGUAGCUUUCUUCUUUGGGGGACCUUCCAACAGCCUUGGAGAAGUGAUUCCAAUCGAAAAAACUGAAGAUCAUAUUUUUGGGUUGGUUCUCAUGAAUGACUGGAGUGCACGUGAUAUUCAAAAGUGGGAGUAUGUUCCCCUGGGCCCAUUCCUCUCGAAGAAUCUUGGGACUAGUAUUUCACCAUGGAUUGUCACCAUUGAUGCUUUGGAACCUUUCAAGACUGACAACCCAGAACAGCACCCAAAGCCCUUCCCUUACCUCCAGCACUCAGAGUCCUUCAACUUUGACAUCAACUUGAGUGUUGAUUUGAAACCUGACAACAGUCCAGUGGCCGCGACAAUCUGUCGUACCAACUACAAGUACCUCUACUGGACUGCAAGGCAACAGUUGGCCCACCAUUCUAGUUCCGGAUGUGUUCUUCAUGCUGGGGAUCUGUUGGCAUCAGGGACUAUUAGUGGCCCAACAUCAGACUCAUUUGGUUCAAUGUUGGAGCUCGCCUGGAAGGGAACCAAACCAAUCAAGUUGCUUGGUGGAGACUGUCGUAGAUUUCUGCAUGAUGGAGACGAGAUUAUUCUAAAUGGUUUCUGCCAAGGAGAUGGGUACAGAGUUGGCUUUGGUUCGUGCAAGGGAAAACUUCUUCCAGCUCAUCCAUUGUGAAUGAAGACUUUACAUAUUUUUUACAGAUAAUAUUGUAAAACACUGACAAAAUGUAAAGGAAUUUUUUUAUAUAAACUAUGUUAAGAGUUAUAAAACUAAGU